AUGGAUAUGUCGUGUGAGGAAGGAAAAUUCGACGCUAAACAGCGUGCGAAAGGCUUGAAUUCGGACGAGCGUGUUAACAAAAUUUGGAAGCUACUCGGGAUCGAAGAAUUACAAAUCCAGGUUUUACCUUGGGUCGAGCAACUGCAGAGUGAAAGUGAAUAUGGCGACAUAAUAUGUAAACUAAAAAGGGGCGAACAGGUGAGUCCGUAUUGGAUAGAAAAUGACAAACUUUGGAUGACAAAUGCCGAAGGCAGAGUUCAGGCAGUGGUGCCCCAAUCAUGUAGACGCAAGUUAUUUCAGGAAGCACAUAGUGUGGUGUAUUUGCGGGACACCUAA